AUGUUCAUCGUCUACGCCUCUUCUGCGACGGAAGGCAUUGUCUCCCCGCGUGCUGGGACAGGCCACGUCCCGCCAGAGUAUAAUCCAGACGGCCGCGUCUCGCUUCUUCCAGGUUCUGGCAUCAGGAACGGGACCAUGACUACGAGGUUCCAAUACCAAACUUGUCUUCAGAGCCCCAACGCGAGCUCCUCUGCAAACAACAGCAGCUGGAUAUGGGCGUACAAGAACGGAAGCCCCAUGUGGUGUUUAUGGGGUAUGUGGUUGUUCAUAUCUGGACUUCGGCUGGUGGGGCAAGGCAACCAGAACUACAUGGUGGGCAAGAUGGAGGUGGACUUUCUGAGUUUGGCGGGUAAUGAGGAGCAAAAAAGAAAGGCUGAGGUGUGA